AUGGUAGGCUGUGUGUAUAAGGUCAUAUCAAAGUGGCUGAAAACGAGGAAGAAGAGUGCACCGAUAAUCAAUUUGGAUUUUCAAAAGGCAUAUGACAGAGUCAAAUGGAGUUUUGUGGAUAUCGUCCUUCAAAAGAUGGGUUUUGGUACUAAAUGGCGAAGACGGGUCAAUGAGUGUAUUUGCUCGGCGUCUAUGUCGAUUCUAAUAAAUGGGUCGCCAUCUAAAUCCUUUAAGAUGGAACGAGGUCUAAGGCAAGGUGAUCCGCUCUCUCAUUUUCUCUUUGUACUUGUGGUGGAUGUACUCCAUAGGAUGGUAGCUGAAGCUGUGAGGAAUAGCAGAAAUUCUCCAUUGUUGGUCGGACAGGACAACAUUGAAUUGUCUCACUUACAGUUUGUGGAUUACACCAUAUUGUUCUGUCCACAUGAUGAAGUUACUAUCAGAAAUUACAAGAUGCUUUUGCGAUGUUUUGAGGACAGUUUGUGGAUUACACCAUAUUGUUCUGUCCACAUGAUGAAGUUACUAUCAGAAAUUACAAGAUGCUUUUGCGAUGUUUUGAGGUGA